AUGGACAUGGUGCUGUCGUCACGUGCCAAGCUCAAGCCAGCAGCCAAGGGCCCCGCCACAGACGGCAUCAUCACCAUGACCCCCACGUCCUUCUCCUGGGUGCCCGCCAACCCAUCAGCAGCGGCAAGACUCGACGUGCCUCUUGCUACCAUCAAGUGUGAGCCUCGUCAUGUGCCUCCUGGAUGCCACCAUCCAGUGCGCGCAUGCAUACAGAGUGGUGUGAGAGGAGCCGCUCGCCUUGUCUUGCCUCCAUUGCCCACCACACCCGUCGCCCUGCACUCCCUCUUCUGCUGCCAUUGCUCUUUCAGGCCCUCUCCUGCCCUCCUCGCACUGCCGCGCUCAUGCUGUCGACUCUCCCGUUGCUCCCUGUCCAUGCUCAAAUGUGGAGCAAGGAAACGCCGUCAGCCACCACUGCGCUACUCAAGUUCAGCCCCCAUGCCGAUCCUGCUGUGCGUGCCAUGUGCCUCUCCCCCUCACCCCCUCACUUUUUCUCUCACCUCUCAACCUCUUCAACCCCUCAACCCCUCACGCUCUCUCACCCACUCACGCCCUCACACCCCUUCAAUCACCCCUCACGCCCCUUCAAUCACCCCUCACACCCCUUCAAUCACCCCUCACACCCCUUCAAUCACCCCUCACACCCCUUCAAUCACCCCUCACUCCUGCAUUCCCUCACACCCUCACGCCUCCAUUCCGUCAGCCCCACACAACCCCUAUCUCGCCACCCCCUCACCUCCUCACCCCCUCAUCUUCCCACCCCCUUACCCGCUCAUUCUCUCAUCCCCUCACUCCCUCAUGCUCUCAUCCCUUCCUCUUAAGGCAUCCGCUUAUGCGCCCGCAUUCACUGCUGCCGCUGCAGCAGCAGCAGCAGCAGCAGCAGCAGCAGCAGCAGUUAGUGGGGUGAGCGAGGGGGCUGUGCGUGGCAUGCUGCCUGGUGUGCCGCCCGGGCUGCCUGGUGUGGUGCCUGGUGCGCUGGCAAUGGAGCUGCUGGACGCGGCAGAGCUGCAGCGGCGGCAGAAGCUGCUGCAGUCCGACGCGUGCGUGUGUGGUUGGGGUGGAGCAUGCAGGGGUGGAUGGGGGCAGUGGAUGGGAGGAGAGAGGGGAGACCUGCUUGGUUGCAAGCUCAGACGCCUGCAUCAGGAGCUGGUCAUGACGGGCGCUCUCACCGAGUCCGAGUUCUGGGCCGCCAGGAAGGUGGGUGGGCCGCCAGGAAGCACAGAGGGAGUGAGUGCGAAUCAUCCCGCUGCCUCCUUUCCGACCCUUCCUCAUGCGCCUGCCCACCCCUCGCCUCUCACUCCACCCCUCGCCUCUCACUCCACCCCUCGCCUCUCACUCCACCCCUCGCCUCUCACUCCACCCCUCGCCUCUCACUCCACCCCUCGCCUCUCACUCGUGCCCUCUCCUCUCACUCUUGCCCUCGCCUCAUCCCUCUGUCCUCCUUACGGGGUGGAGGAGGAGCGGAGGAAGCGCAAGCAGCGGGUGGGCGUGGCGAGUGCCAUGCUGGCAGACGUCAGAGGCGUCACUGAUGGCCGGAGCAACACCAUCACGUUCAACCUCACACCGCAGAUCAUCCAGCAGGUCUGCACUCCUCGCAACGCCCUCAUUGCAGUGCACACGCCCCCCAAUGUUUUGCCUCUCGUCUUCUCUCCCAGCUCACUUGCGGGCUACUUGCUGCCCUUAUUCUCAUGCGUCGGCCCCACUGUGCAUGCUGCCACGUUAAAGUGUCCACCCACAUCUAGCGUGUUGAACCACUCAUGUCGCCUGUCACUGCUUGUGCACCGUCCAUGUGCUUGCCCCACUGGCGUCUUCCCUCCCCCCCACCCCCACUCGGUGAGGCAGAUCUUCCUGGAGAAGCCAGCGGUGCACCGCGCCUUCAUGGAGCUCGUGCCAGGGCGGGUGGGUGGUGGACAGGGAGGGCGAGCAGAGAGGGAGUGGGGGAGGGAGGUUGGCUGGGGGGGAGGAAGCGGGGUGUUAGUUUCUGUGUUUGAUGGACACAUAGCCGCGAUCUGGGGCGUGCAUUACUGCGUGCAGUUCCCACUGCAUGCAAGCUAUCACAUCACAUCUCCCCCUCUCCCCCUCCUCUACUCACCCCCGACACCCCCCACCUUCCCCACCCUUCAGAUGACUGAGAAGGCCCACCCCUUCCCACUUCCCCUUCCUCACCCACACCACCCCCUCCUCCACCCCUUCCUCACCUCCCCUUCCUCACCCACACCAACCCCUCCUCCACCCCUUCCUCACCCUUCCCCAGAUGAGCGAGAAGGCCUUCUGGGGCAAGUACUACCGCGCGGAAUGACGGAGAAGGCGUUCUGGGGAAAGUACUACAGGGCGGAGUACCUCUUUCGCACGCGCAACGUGGCGGCGGCGGAGGCGGAGGCGGCGGAUGAUGACGAGCUGGCGCUCUUCGUGCGCGACGACCCUCAGCUGCAUGCCCAGGCGCGCCAAAAGCAUUCUUUCUCCAAGACAGAGGCGGCAGACGAUGACGAGCUGGCGCUCUUUGUGCGCGACGACCCUCACCUGCACGCCCAGGCGUGCCAAAAGCCUCGCCUCUUCCCUUUGCCUCUCCGCCUUGCCACCUACGUAUUCCCCUCGCACCUCCCUCUCGCGCGUGGACGGUGGGCUCCUCUCUCCUCCCCUCGCCCCCCAUCACGUGCAGCGCGUGGACCCCACACUGAAUGUGCUGGCAAACGUGUUUUGAGUCGACUCUAA